CGCUCCUACGGACCCAGCCCAGAGGCGGCUGCUGAGUGUUUGAUGGCCCCGCAGGCUCCUAGCGCGGACCCCGGGCUGAUCGCGCCCUGGCUGCGCUGAUUGCAGCCCCGGCCCCUUGGCUUCCCCCGGCGGGGACGCCGCGCCGCCCCGGGGGAUUGCUGCAGCGCCCCGACGCGACGGGGAUGGGCGCGCUGUAAAAAAAAAAGCCCCCGAUUUGAAAUCCCUCCCGUGGCUUGGCCAGGUUCCAGCUGCGCCGGCGGCGGAGGUGGUGGGGGGCCAUGGGGAACAUCUCCUCCAACAUCUCCGCUUUCCAGUCCCUGCACAUCGUCAUGCUGGGCUUGGACUCGGCCGGCAAGACCACCGUCCUCUACCGGCUCAAGUUCAACGAGUUCGUCAACACGGUGCCCACCAUCGGCUUCAACACCGAGAAGAUCCGGCUGAGCAACGGCACGGCCAAGGGCAUCAGCUGCCACUUCUGGGACGUGGGCGGCCAGGAGAAGCUGCGGCCGCUCUGGAAGUCCUACAGCCGCUGCACCGACGGCAUCAUCUACGUGGUGGACUCGGUGGACGUGGACCGACUGGAGGAGGCCAAGACCGAGCUGCACAAGGUGACCAAGUUCGCCGAGAACCAGGGCACCCCCUUGCUGGUCAUCGCCAACAAGCAGGACCUGCCCAAGUCCCUGCCCGUGGCCGAGCUGGAGAAGCAGCUGGCGCUGCAUGAGCUCGCCCCCUCCACCACCUACCACGUCCAGCCCGCCUGCGCCAUCAUCGGCGAGGGGCUGACCGAGGGCAUGGACAAGCUCUACGAGAUGAUCCUCAAGCGCAGGAAGUCGCUCAAGCAGAGGAAGAAACGAUAACCGCCGGGCCCAAACCCCGCUAGCCUGAAACGCUGCUGGGCCGACCUCCCUCGGCGCCCGUGUCUAGACAGGCGCUCGGCCCCCCAGCGCCUUUCGUUGGGGGCGCCACUGCUUGUCACUUGCUGGCAGGAUUAGGAGGUGGGUGAGGCUGGCGUCUGGGUGAAGCGGCUGCUGUUUACCCCCCAAGGACGAUCAGACCAACUCGCAUCUGAACUUGGGAGGGAAUUCCUUUCCUUUUAAAUUGGAGUAUUUGCUGUGGAGCUUGAUGCGACAGGGCUGGCCCCUGUGAAACUGAGCUUGAAUUUGCUCCUGUCUCUGGAUCCUUAAAAACAACACACAAAAGUGUGUGUUGGGGCGGGGGGGUGGGGGAAUACUGCUUCAGGAAGCACUAGAUGCUGAGGCAUCUGUUUGUGGUUGGAAAACUGUGGUAGGAAAUCACAGGCCAAUACAUCUUGCUGAAUGGUGGAUAGGUAAGGUGAGCCUCCUGGGAGAACUGCUUUUCAGGUUGCAACAGACCUCCCCUCCCUUACCCCCUCUGGAUUCAGCCCAUAUGUGGGUCAUUAUCACAGGCAACAAAUCAGACCGACAAAAUCUAUGAAGCCUUGGAAUGAAUGAAUGAAUGAAUGAAUGAUACACUACUGCUUGCAGUAGCUGCGUGUGCUGGAAGGGAAUGCCCAAUUGUUUCAACUGAGGGUGUCCAUCCUAUUUUAAAAACAAAGUCUAUCCAAGGACAGAAAUGUAUUAAUCCACAGGAGACUUAAAGCUAUAUAGCCAGCUAGAUGGCUUGUGACCAGCUGUUGACUGGUGCUGAGUUUUAAGCUGUUUGCUGAAAAGGGGUUCUGUGUGAAUUUUGCCAUGAAGGGUUCUCAAGCAUCUUUUCAUUUUCAAAGUUUUUUUGUUUUGUUUUUGUUUUUUAAACAGACUGUUUCCUGUAGCAAUGGUAAGCGGUAGGUUUUGCCUUUUAUUGCUGUAGUCUACAGGUGGAGACAUGUUUGGAUUAUCUUAAUUUGGUUCGAUCUGGCUGAUUAAAUUUGUGCACUCCAUUAAAAAAAAAAAAAAAAAUCUUAUGACACUGCUGGAUGAUAAGCCCCAACAGUUCACCUCAGCUGCAUGGAUAUAAAAGCAAAUGGAAAAGCACAAGAGUUGCUAAUUAAAAUUCUGGUAUAACCAUGGACUGUGAAUCAAGCCAGUACUUUAAUCAACAGAAUACAAACAUUAGGUAGCUAAACUAAUCUUGUACCACCCAAAAUGGCAAGAGUUUGCAAAAUCUCUAAUGCAAAGGGAUAUUGGAGUGCAGAGCACCUAUUGAGUGGGAAGUAGAAGUUUUAAGAACUUUUUGAAAUUCAAGGCUGAGAGUCCUAGCUGCAAAGCGUGCAAGGGCAGAUGGCGCUAGUGCAGUAAAUGUUCAAUAGGCUCAGACUCGUUUCCAAUCACUUCACUAGUGCAGGAUCAAACCCAGUGUUUUAGCAAGAUCCUGGAUGGCUGCCGCUUGCCCAUCAAUUCAUGUUUUGACAUUAACUUCACUGACCACAGGAUAGGACCCUAAAUAUACAUACACUGUCAGUGUCUCUCUCAUGAAAACCACCUCACAAUGAGAAAAUUCUGACUCUCAGAAUUUCACAACAAGAAGAGAGUUUGGAAAUCACCAGCAAGCAGUUUUGGGCAUACCAGUGUCCCACACCUGUGGUUCACUGGUCUUAACAUGAUCAUGUGAGAAUUUCCAGUGACAGAAGUAUUUGGCUUUCUGCUUGAGUGCAUUUCCCAAACAAAGAAAAAACCUGGGUGAAUUUCAGGCAGCUGAUUCUCCUUUUCAGCCAUGAACUCAGUACUUUCCCAAUAGCAUUUUGUAGAACUCCAAUAUUGAAACCAAAUGGUAUUUAUAUGCCUGCAAGAUUCCAGUUUACAGGAGUAGUGACUGCUUCACUAAUCUAAGAAGUGGGCUGGUCCCAUCAUUUCAGGAGGGUGUGUACAGUUUGAUUGGAAUUUUUUUUUCUUUGCCUUCAUAUAAAACACUUUCUGAAGCACUUUGACAUUUGGUAGUUCCACACUAUUGAGAGAGAGAAUAUAUUUAUUUUGUGACACUGCAGAAGCCAAAUGCUCCAACCUUUGUUUUGAAUGUUAAGUGUUUAGGGGUUAAAUAAAAAGAUUCUGGUCAAAACCUGUCAUGCUUUAAAAAUAAAUACAUAUUACAGGGUCUUCCUCACCCCUAAGACUUGACUCUGGAUCCUGCAGACUUUACUGAGGCAAAUAGUUCCACUAACUUAAAUGGGACUGUUUGUGGAAAUAGGACAUGCAGUUGCAAGAUUGGCUCCUUACUGGACAGUCAGUUAAACUGGCCCCAAUUAAGCAAAUUAUUUAAGCAUUGCCUAAUUUGAUCCCUAUCCAGCAAAAGCACUGAAGCAUGUGCUUAACUUUAUGCAUGUGUUUAGCUACUGUGCUGGCCAGGGGCCAGAUGGAUCCAGGGUUAUGGUCACUAGUUGUACAUUUUUGCAGUAAGUUAAAAAACUUCUCCAAUUAGUAGUUAACGGGGUCAUUGGUAUUUCUGUAGUGUUUCAGGGCUGUAAUGACUAUUCCUCUGCGCUAUGGCAGAGUUGAGCUGUGUUGCCAUCUGCAACUGACCAGAUAAUUAGUCCUCUGAAACAGUGAUUACAGAAAAGCUUUACAUAGUCUGCUGUUCUAAAAUCACAGUUGGAUUUACUCCAGGUGGUGUGUCUUCUCAAAAACCAUUUUUU